AUGCCGUCCUACACGGCUCCCCCACCAAACUACUCUCCAGGGUCCCAGAAUCCACCUGCGGCGGAUGAUGCCCUGAUUUCUGGCCUUCAGAUCUUCAUCAUCCCAGCCGCGGACACGUUGACCUUCCAGAAGGGCUAUCUAGGAGCUGAAGGAGAGCGCGCCGCUAUUGAAGGAGAGAUCCAUGUCAAGGGUGCGCAGCCAGGCCAAUGGAAAUAUGUCACUGUGGCUCUUCGUGCCGUUGAAUCUGCUUCUGGCCAGGAAAUCGAGCUGGGCUCAUCAGAGAUAAAUCUAGUCUCGUUCACGGGGACAUCCGACUCGAUGUCAUCUUCAACGUCGUUCGCAAUACCCCUAACAUCCGAUGCACCCCAGUGCAUUCAUACACCUCAUUCAUUACUGGAAUACGCACUCACGGCGACUUUCCAUCCUAUAAACACGUCUGAGCCAGUUGUGUCAAGAAGGGUUGUCGUGCAUACGCGACGCUACACUUCGCAUUCUCAUACUGUGGACACGCUGCCGGAGACCCACGUCCUGGAAAGUCCCUCCCAUGUCGAAGUCCAAGUUCCUCGUACGAUAUUCCGGGCAGGAGAACCCAUCCCAGUCUACAUUACUGUGCCUCCACCGAGUAGGCAGCUUAUGCUUCGUGAAGGACUUAGACUCCGAAACGUGAAAACCGAGAUCGUCCGCAUCGUGAGUAUCAAAGGGCAAGAUGAUGGUGGUUACUUUGAAUCUGGUACGCUUUAUGGUUCAUCCAUAGCAGACUUGCAACCUCAGGAUGGACCUUCAUUGGUGGGACCUACUCCCUCUGCGGAAAAGCCUCCGAUCACUUCUCCUGGAUCGACUUAUCGUACAGUAACUUCACGCUCAGGUGCAUCUUGCAGAUUUCACUCCUCUCGACCUGUUCGGCUCCGUUUCAUCUUGCAUCAGGCUUCGCCAUCCGCGUCGCCAGUAGAUUAUCAGAGGAGUUUGCCAGAGGGCGACUACAGCAACAUUGACAACGAUUUGCAAUGCACUUCCAUCACUCAAUCUACCCUCCUACAUUCAGUCUCUUUCCUUCUAAACAUCCACAUUUCAUUCGUGGACACGACCAAUAGAACGGAACGGCUCACGACUGUCCCCAUCCCGUUAACUAUCAUUCCACCACCAGCACCGCUGCCUGAAGUUGAAGAAUGGAUUGACGCUGCAUAUCAGAAGAAGCAUGAUCGUCCGCCUUUGAGGACAGUCCGUCAAGAAGAUUCGGAGCCUUCAAUUCCCAUAUAUCAGGAAGGAGAAGCGGGUCCAAGCUACACUCAGAGCGGUGCCCCGCCCCCUUUUGAAGACCGCGACAUACCGCCUCCACCUUUCUUUCAUUCUAUGCCUUCUACAUCCAAUGCUCCACCAAGCUUCCAGGAGUCCGAGUCUGAAAUAUUCAUUUCUUCAGACACGACAGACCAGGAGGCACUUCUACCCACGGAACUCACUAUCGUCGGCGAGGGUAUUUUGUUUGGAUUCACUGCAUCAGAGCAGUUUGAUGGUCAUUCGGACACUAUGCACCGCUCGUCUACUCCGCCCCCUUCGGUGGAAAUGGCAGAGCGAGAUACAGAUGUGACAGGAUUUGCUGACAUCGGGCAAUCCGUCCCAGUCUUCGAAGCUCUGAACAUCGUCUUAGACGAUUCUCACGCACCCCGCUCUGGAGGUGAACUCCCUCCUCCACCGCCUGCGAUGGAUGAUCCGUCAGACCCGCCUCCUUCAAUUGAUUCCGAUUUCAGGUCGCCCACGGUCCGGGUACCCGUGCAAUCCCACUCACCUCCCCUCGCUCAUCAGUCAUACAGUCAAGCCCCCGCGACUCGUGAUUCUCUACACCCUCCCAGUGAUAUCCUACAUCAUUCUUCCCCUCAUGGUCAUGCGCCACCGCCUUAUCUUGUUCCUGGCAGUGAUCAUGACCAAGAGGAACAUGUGACACGACCACCUCCGUAUAUGGAUUUAGUCCCUUCUUCGUCAUUUUUGAAUAGCUCAAUUCACUAAAUGGACUUUAUUACCAUUCCAACGUGUGCACCUCUUAGAACUUACUUUUGUCAUCAAGUGUACCCUGCUGCAAAGUGUAUUUAUAAGUUAGCUUCAAACAGUACCAAGUCCAACAUUUGUGUUGCAGAUGAAUUAUAAAAGCAAAUUACAUAUGAAUGACCAAGGCAACAGUAGCCACGUAGAUGGCAAACACUGGGGACGUAU